GCGGUAGUUAAUAUAAUGGUGCGGUAGGCAUGUAGACCCCAUAGACCAUGGUGCAGCGAACCCCAUAGCGGUGCAACACGUGACAUCCUCAGCUUCCGGUCUAGAGAACGAGAUGAGUUGUGAGGCAGAGCCGUUGACGACAACGGCGCACCCUACCAUCGUGGUUCCGAACCACCGAGACCGCCACGACGGCCACAACGGCUACCUGGAGCCCCAGAAGCAUGGCCAGGACACGGAGCUCAGGAUACGAGAGAACCCCCUCAGCUUCAACGCUGCGACCUCACCCAUGCGCGGCUCCGUGUCGUCCGGCUACCACCAGAUUCCCAGAAGAGCGUUCGUCUGGUUACGUCUAGACAGGUCCGGGUCUUCGGUAGAACGCCUUCUCCUCAUCUUCGUUGUUAUCCUCCUCCUGAUAUUCGUCUGUCUGCUAGCCAUCCUAGUCCUUAGUAGGCUGCAAUGUACUCUCCCAGAAGUGCCACACAAUCAAAGGAUAUGUUUGACUGAAGAAUGCGUAAGAACAGCCUCUUCACUCCUUGCCGCCAUGAACCAGACAGCCAAUCCGUGCGUGGACUUUUUCCAGUUUGCGUGCGGAGCGUGGAAUAAGAAACACCAGAUACCGGAGGACCGGGGCAGCAUAUCGGUGUUUGAAGUGCUGUCUGACCAGUUGCAGAUCAUCCUUAAAGGAGUGUUGGAAGAGCCGUUUAAUGAUCUUGACUGUUCAGCAACAAAAAAGGCCAAAGUGUUUUACAAAUCCUGCAUGGAUAUACAACAAAUCCGCAAGUACAGUGACGAGCCGCUGCGGGAUGUACUGUCUCGUCUAGGUAGUUGGCCGGUGGCUGUGCCGGACUGGCAUCCGCCGAACAUAUCUGUGGAAGUGCUACUGGGUCGACUGCGAGGAGACUACAACGAGGGCGUCCUCAUAGAACAGUGGGUCGGACCUGACGACAAGAACUCUUCAGUGAACAUCCUUCAGCUAGACCAGAUGACCUUGGCUCUCCCCAGUAGGGAUUACUACCUGAAGCAAAGCAGUGAGGCGGACUAUCUCGGAGCGUACCAUCGCUACAUGACGGAGGUCGCCGUUCUACUAGGAGCCGACCCCACCACUGCUGCGGUCGAGCUACAACAAGUCAUACAGUUUGAGAAGCGUUUGGCUAACGCAUCUCUGCCAGAGGCGGACCGUCAUGACACCAGCUCCAUCUACCGCAAGUUGAGUCUUGCCCAGCUGCAGGCGGAGGUACCUCAGAUUAACUGGCUCGAGUACCUCACGUCGUUUCUGGACGCAGACAUCACAACCGAGGAAAUGGUGGUGUCCUACGCAAUGCCGUACUUUGUGGAGAUGGGGAAAAUCCUCGCUGACACUGAUCGCAGGGUUAUCCACAACUACGUGAUGUGGCGUCUAGUCAUGGACAUUGUCCCGCACAUGAUAGACGAGUACCAGCAGAAACACACCGAGUUCCGCAAGAUUAUGCAAGGCAUCCAGUCUGAACGCAAUCGCUGGUCACAAUGUGUUGACUGGACGAACAAGAAGCUAGGAAUGGCGGUCGGAGCACUCUACAUACGAGACAACUUCAACCAGGAUAGCAAGGAGGUGGCGCUGGCAAUGAUACAUACUAUCCGGGAGGCAUUUAACGAGCUGCUUGCCGAGAACCACUGGAUGGAUGACGAGACAAGAGCUGUUGCUAAGGAGAAAGCGGACGCAAUGAACGAGAGAAUAGGAUACCCAGAAUUGCUGACCGAACCUGAUGAACUCAACAAGGAGUAUAUUAGGCUAAACGUAACAGAGGAUCAGUUUCUGACAAAUAUCUUCAGCGUGCUGAAAUACGACGCUUACCACAACUUACAGAAGCUACGUCAGCCCGUCAACAAGGAUAAGUGGUCUACGGAGCCAGCUAUAGUAAAUGCUUUCUACAACCCCAACAAGAAUGAUAUUGUGUUUCCAGCUGGCAUCCUUCAGCCCCUGUUCUACAGUCAACAUUUUCCAAAGUCUCUAAACUACGGAGGGAUCGGAGUCGUGAUAGGACACGAAAUAACUCAUGGCUUUGAUGAUAAAGGAAGACAAUUCGACAAGGAUGGAAACAUGAUGCAGUGGUGGAACAACGCAACAAUCCGAGAGUUUCGAGAGCGAGCGCAAUGCUUCAUCGACCAAUACAACCAAUACAAGCUUGACGAGGUGGAUCAGUUUGUCAACGGACGAAUGACUCAGGGAGAGAACAUCGCAGACAACGGAGGGUUGAAACAGUCUUACAGGGCUUACCGCAAAUGGGUGUCCAAGUAUGGCGAAGAGCCGUUGUUGCCCGGCAUCAACCUAUCUCACGAUCAGCUGUUUUUUCUCAACUACGCUCAGAUCUGGUGUGGGACGAUGCGACCGGAGGAUGCUUUGACCAAGAUUCGAUCAGCUGUUCAUUCUCCUGGACCGAUCCGUGUGAUCGGACCUCUCUCCAACUCUAAGGACUUUGCGAGCGCAUACAAAUGUCCACAGGGAUCUCCGAUGAACCCGUUGAAGAAAUGUUCAGUUUGGUAAAUGUUUGUCUCAAGAACGGAGUAUAUCUCUAUGUUGUUCAAGUUCACUGUUGAUCAAAGCCUGAUCGGUCAGGCUCUUGCGAUUGAUAAGAUUUGGAUCAGAUAAGUAGGUCACCAGUAAUCAAUGUAGUGUUACAUCACAUUACAUUGAAGGUGGUUAGGAAAUGUCCUUACAUUUACGCUUACAACUUUUUUUUAUCUGUUACCCAGCUGUUUGUUGAUACUUUUCAAUUGGAAAUCAUGGAUUAAUGAUAAAUUAUGUUGAAAAUCAUUAUGAUACAAUUUAACUUUCAUUUCCCCUGCUCUGCAGUUAUUUUAAUUUUUUAUUACUUGCAAUUUCUGUAAACAUAUAUUUUGAAU